UGACAGUGAGAAUUAUUUGCCUCGCGUCGCCGUCGCAUACCAAAAAUUUGAAUUGAAUCAUCCUAUUCCUCACUCACACUCAGACAACACCCGGAUCUUCUUCUUUUUCAAGCACCAACACAACCCUACAAAUCCUCACCCAUCCUUAAAUUCCCUAUUUCAAACCUUAAUCACUCCCUCGAAAUUAAAUCUCAAGAAUCAUUAAUGGCUUCUUCAAUCAGGCCUGCAACUCGCUACAACAAACCCAACAGCCUAAACAGCUCCACAAAAUCCGACCCCUCCUCCUCCGCUGAAUACUCCUCCUCGCGUGGUUGCAGUUCACGCGCCCUCGUUCCCAAGAAAACCGAUGCCAACCACAUUAAUUUCAGCUCCAUGGUGAAGAAGCUGGUGGAGAAUAAUAAGAAGGUCAAAAAUCUGGAUAAGGGCCCCAAGGCAUUUGUGAUUGCCUCUGAUCUCUUGGCGGAGGAUUUGAAGAAAGGCGCCAAGAAGAGCGCUGGAUUGAGCGGGCUUCACAAGAAGCUGUUUAAAGGGUCAGAGAAAAAAGGAGAUGAGAGCUCCAAGAAGGCGCUCACGGAGGUUAAGACUAACACGAGGACGCUGGCGAUGGUGUUGAGGAGUGAGCGGGAGCUCUUGAGUUUGAAUAAGGAGCAGGACCACCAGAUUGCUCACCUCAAGUCUUUGCUCGACGACAAAAACACAGAGGUUGAAAAAUUAAAAGAUUUGUGCUUAAAACAAAGGGAAGAGAUAAAGUCUCUUAAAAGUGCUGUUCUCUUCCCGGAUGUGAUGAAUUCACAAGUUCAGAACCUUUUAGAGAAGCAGGGAUCAGAGCUAAAACAGGCUAAGCAACUCAUACCAAAUCUUCAAAGACAGGUUACUUCUCUUACCGGACAACUACAAUCUCUUGCUGAAGAUCUUGCGGAGGUGAAGGCAGACAAAUAUUCUGGAAGAGGAUUCUGUGACAACCAUUUCAAUUCCCCAAGAACACCUUCAUAUGAUCAAGAAGAUGCAUCAAAUUUUCUGUUCGAUCAGGAAUAUAGCUCUGGGGAUUACACGACCCCGGAGAGUCCAGAUGACAUGUUCCUGAAAGAUUUGAAUCCCUGCCUCACACCUUGCUAUUCCAGGACAAAGUCCAAGGAUUUCAAUGUUUAUGGUUCCCCCACUGAUGGUGGACCAUCUCCUGAAAUAGUUUAUAACUCAUGUGGAACGAAGCUGUCGAGAAGUUGUGAGUGUUCCCAAUCCUCCAAGGGGCGGAAGGGUUUGGUCGGGGGCGCUGCUAGCUGCUCCGGUAACACCAGAUGCACACAUGGAAAUCAAAUGCAUCACAGACUAUUCUGAUUUUCCAACUCUGGGAGAUUUCUCUCCACCUCUUAUAUAUAUCACCUGCUGUUACAGUUUCUUGAAACCCUCAGUGUGUUGGAACAUUUUGUAUGUGAUAUCAGGCACUAUGAUAUAUCUAGCCUCAUGUAUCAUUUGUCCAUAUUCAAGCUUCUUCAUCUAAGCCAUAAAAAAGAACCCAAUUUUGGUCGAGCUUUUUAAUGCAUUUUUGAAGUUCUGCUAA